UGACGCUUUAAACAAAACUAAACAACUAGACAAAUCCAGAAAACACAGUGCAUUGCCUCAACUCUCCCCCAACACCGAGUCGUCUUCAACUUCUAUCCCAUGGCUCUUCCCCUCCGUUGCUCCCACUACACUCUUCCAUUAGCUUCUUCUUCUUCUUCUUCUCUUUCUUAUUCUGCUUCAUUUGUUAGAUUCUCGCCUCCGAAUUUCCUCCAAUUUACGCAUCCUGCCCUCCGCUCCCGCGCCCGCUCCAACCACCGCCUGUAUCUGACGGCGGUCUCCGCCUCACUCUCCACCAUUGAUUCUGCGGAAACUUCCGGCAGGCAAGACGAGAAGAAGAAGCUACUGCUCGAAGUCAAAGACCUGACGGCCGUAAUUACGGAGUCCAGGCAACAAAUUCUCAAAGGCGUUAACCUUUCCAUCUAUGAAGGAGAGGUUCACGCGAUUAUGGGCAAGAAUGGUUCUGGGAAGAGCACAUUGGCAAAGGUUCUUGUAGGCCAUCCAGAUUAUGAAGUUACUGGAGGGAGUGUUGUGUUCAAAGGGGAGAACUUGCUGGACAUGGCACCAGAGGAGAGGUCACUUGCUGGGCUCUUUAUGAGCUUCCAGUCCCCCAUUGAGAUUCCAGGCGUGAACAAUAUUGACUUUCUGAAUAUGGCUUAUAAUGCUCAGAGAAGAAAACUUGGUCAGCCGGAGCUUGGACCAAUUGAGUUCUAUGCUUACAUUUUUCCCAAACUUGAACUUGUGAAGAUGAAGGCAGACUUUCUUAAUAGAAAUGUUAAUGAAGGAUUCAGUGGUGGUGAAAAGAAGCGGAAUGAAAUUUUACAACUUGCAGUUCUGGGUGCGGAUUUGGCCAUCUUGGAUGAAAUCGAUUCGGGACUGGACGUUGAUGCACUUCGCGAUGUAGCAGAUGCAGUGAAUAGGCUUUUGACUCCAAAGAAUUCUUUAUUGAUGAUUACUCAUUAUGAACGACUUUUGAAUGCUAUAAAGCCUGCAUGUGUCCAUGUUAUGGAGGAUGGGAAAAUUGUGAAGACAGGAGACGUUUCAAUAGCAAAACUUCUGGAGGAUGAAGGGUAUCAAGCAAUUUCCGCAGCAUAACUGCAUGGCAAUUGAUAUUGAUUGGACUUAACAGGAUCUGUGCAUUGAAAGGCAGUGGUGAUUUAUUUGGAACAGCUGAGGCCCAAGUUACAGUUGCAGGCCAUCAAUAUUCCACUCUUGGGGUUCGUUAUCGUCAGAUUAUGCACCUACCUGUGCCUCAUCUACACUAAUUCUACACUUGAUGUAGUGGCUCUGAGAUUUUCUAAGUAAAAAGGUUCUUCGAAGCUUAAUUACAAUGGUAGACGUGAGAAUUUGAGCUGCUGCUUUUAGUUUUAAGACCAGACAGAAGAAUGGCAUUUUGUCUGAUUGUUGCAGUCUUACAUGUUUUGUUUUAGUUGAUAUAUGGAGUGAAUCCUGUAUAUUUGUUUGCCUAUAAGUUGCAUAGGUGGAUUCUGUAAUCAUUCUAUAUAUAUAUGCCAAGGAUUACUGGGCGGCCCCACUAAGGUGGAACCCUGUCUGAUCCCA